GAUUUUGUUUUUGUUUGUUUUUUCUUUAUAGCAAAGUAUCCUGAGAUAAAAUCCUUGAUGAAACCUGAUUCCAACUUGAUAUGGAUUAUAAUCAUGAUGGUUCUCACUCAGCUGGUUGCCUUUUAUUUAGUGAAGGACUUGGACUGGAAAUGGGUCAUAUUUUGGGCAUAUGUCUUUGGCAGCUGCAUUACCCAUUCAAUGACUCUGGCUAUUCAUGAAAUUUCCCACAAUAAUGCCUUUGGCCACUACAAAUCUAUUUGGAAUCGUUGGUUUGGAAUAUUUGCUAAUCUUCCUAUUGGUGUUCCAUAUUCAAUUUCCUUUAAGAGGUACCAUAUGGAUCAUCAUCGAUACCUCGGGGGUGAUGGCAUUGAUGUGGAUAUUCCAACAGAUUUUGAAGGCUGGUUCUUCUGUACUGCUUUCAGAAAGUUUAUAUGGGUUAUUCUUCAACCUCUCUUUUAUGCUUUUCGACCUCUGUUCAUCAAUCCCAAGCCAAUUUCUUAUCUGGAAAUUAUAAAUACAGUGAUCCAGAUCACUUUUGACGUUGUGAUCUUCUACGUUUUGGGAAUUAAAUCUUUAGUCUACAUGUUGGCAGGAACCUUACUUGGUCUAGGUUUGCACCCGAUUUCUGGACAUUUUAUAGCUGAACAUUACAUGUUCUUAAAGGGACAUGAAACAUACUCGUACUAUGGGCCUCUGAAUUUACUUACCUUCAAUGUGGGUUACCAUAAUGAACACCAUGACUUCCCCAACAUUCCCGGAAAAAGCCUUCCCCUGGUGAGGAAAAUAGCAGCUGAAUACUACGACAACCUUCCCCACUACAAUUCCUGGGCAAAAGUACUGUAUGAUUUUGUGAUGGAUGAUACAAUAAGUCCCUAUUCAAGAGUGAAGAGGCAUCAAAAAGGCAAGGUGGUUCUGGAAUAAAUGUCAUUAUUGGCAAAGGAAUUCCUCUCAGACUUUAAAAUAGCUGAUAAAGUGGAACUUUUUGCAUUAUUAAUUUAAGACCUGGUGAUGUGUAGAAGCUGCCCUUGUACAGAUUCAAAGUAUGAUCACCAUGGUAUCAAGAAGCUAAUCUGGCUUUAAACAGUCAGCCUGUCUGCUCCGUGUUCAGCUUUACUCACAGGAAGCUUGUUUGUUGUGUUACCUCGUGCAGGAGGUUGUCACUGAUGUCUGACAUUUUGUAAACAUAUCAUAAACAAAGCUCUUACAAAGCUAUUUCUUGUAUGUUAUUUUCACUCUAAGGAUUUACUUUAUUAAACAGCUAAUAAACUGAGCUAUUGAUCACAA